UUCUACUUUCUUCUUUUCACAAAUCACCUGAAAAGGAAUAAGUAGAUUGAGAAACACAGAUUUCCUGUUCUCAAAAACUCGGAGACUUCUGUCACCCUGAACCAGACAAUAAGAGGGGCUGCCAAAUACAAUGAAGUGAAAAUGCCUCGUGUAAAAGCAGCUCAAGCUGGAAGACAGGGCCCUGCAAAGAGACGUCUUGCAGAACAAUUUGCAGCGGGGGAGGUAAUCACCGACUUGGCAAAAAAGGAAUGGAAACUAGGAUUACCCAUUGGCCAAGGUGGCUUUGGUUGUAUAUAUCUUGCUGAUAAGAAUUCUUCAAAAUCGGUGGGCAGUGAUGCAUCCUAUGUUGUAAAAGUGGAACCCAGUGACAAUGGACCUCUUUUUACUGAACUAAAGUUCUACCAGCGAGCUGCCAAACCAGAGCAAAGUAAGAAGCACAGUGCCUGCGUUUGCACCUUAACGUCACCACCGCUUCUUUUCUUGUUUGUCUUCAGUUACAGAUUUAUGGUCAUGGAUCGCUUUGGGAGUGACCUUCAGAAAAUAUAUGAAGCAAAUGCCAAAAGGUUUUCUCGGAAAACUGUCUUGCAGCUAAGCUUAAGAAUUCUGGAUAUUCUGGAAUAUAUUCACGAGCAUGAGUAUGUGCACGGAGAUAUCAAGGCCUCAAAUCUUCUUCUGAGCUGCAAGGAUCCUGACCAGGUGUACCUGGUAGAUUAUGGCCUUGCUUAUCGCUACUGCCCAGACGGAAGUCAUAAAGAAUAUAAGGAAGACCCCAAAAGAUGUCAUGAUGGCACUAUUGAAUUCACCAGCAUCGACGCGCACAAUGGCGUGGCCCCAUCAAGACGUGGCGACCUGGAAAUACUCGGUUACUGCAUGGUCCAGUGGCUCAGCGGCCACCUGCCCUGGGAGGAUAAUUUGAAAGAUCCUAACUAUGUUAGAGAUUCCAAAAUUAGAUACAGAGAAAAUAUUGCAGGUUUGAUGGACAAAUGUUUUCCUGAGAAAAAUAAGCCAGAUGAAAUUGCUAAAUACCUGGAAACAGUGAAAUUGCUGGACUAUGAUGAGAAACCCCUGUAUCAGAAUUUACAAGACAUUCUUUUGCAAGGACUAAAGUCUAUAGGAAGCAAGGAUGAUGGCAAACUGGAACUUGGGGCUUUGGAGAACGGAGCUCCGAAAGCAAGAACGACAACCAAGAAGCGGAAGAAGGAGGCUGAGAAGAGCACAGAAGCAGGUGUGGAAGACAUGGAGUGCUCGGAUGCGCACACGGAGGAAGCCAUGCAGACGCGUUCAAAAAGGAGAAAGAGAGUCCAGAAGUAAACCACAUGCUGUGAGCCAGUUUUUCUUUUCUUCCUGUCAUUCGGCUUUUUCUUCAUUUUCUAUUUUGCGUGUUUUCAUGUGGGUCUUGUGGGUGGGGGUAACAGGGAAAUACCUAUGUCUUUGAAAAACAAAUUUUUUACUGGAAUAAAUGCUUUGUACAGUUUAUUAAAGGCUAACUUAUAAAAUUUCAGAAUGUUUAGGUUGCAUGUACUCUUUAAGCUGCCCGGCUGUGGGAAAGGUCUGGGUACUUAGAAGAACUGCUGUGAGGUGCACUUUCCAGUUGUGUGUAUUUCCCAGAGGGUCCAAUGUUUGGCCGAGUCCUUCCUCUUAAGGAAAUGUGAAACUUCAAAUAAAGGGGUCUUUUUGCUUGAUACAAGUUC